CUCAAUUAAUCACUUUCUCUUAUAUCUUCUUCGCAACUAAAACUCAAAACAAUCAAAGAUAAACCCUAAAAGAAAAUCUCUAUAUCAAAGAUGGGAGUUUUGAAGAGAAGAGUGUCGAGUAGCAGAGGUCUUGGUGGUGUUCUUAGAGAGCAAAGAGCUAAGCUUUACAUCAUCAAACGAUGUGUUGUGAUGCUCCUAUGUUGGCAAGAUUGAUCUUGGUUGAUUCAAGUGGUGAUACUUUGAAGCUUAACCGGAUCAAACCGUUGGUUGCAAGAAGAUACGAAGGAGGGAACCGGUUUGGGUUUUGCUUGCUAGAAGAUAUGAAGGAAAAAACCGGUUUGGGUUUUGCAAGAAGAUAGUCAAUUUUAGGGGGAUGAAAGUUGAACACUUUCGAUAUGGAUAUAUGUUUUUAGUUUUCGGAGGGUAUAUUUGUAAAUAUACGAAUAAAAGUUUGGGAUAAAUUUUGUAAUGGCUUUUGCCUUAGUUCCAUAGUUCCCCUGUGUAUAUAUCUCACACAUAAUCUUAACCAAAAUCAGUUCUUGUGAUUA